CGACUGUGCCACGCCUACCACGCCUCUGCCACGGCCCUGGAUAUAAUUCUUCAUGCUUCUUCGAUUUUACUUGCUGACAGUGCUGAUACAGCGUCUUGAAAGCAGCGUGUAUCAGCUCGAGGGCAAAUAUCGAGGCGCAGCACAAGAAUUUUCCCAAUUCCGCUUAGCGUAGUCACGUGACCAUUACCCUGCCUGUAAGUUAGGCCAGAACUUUCACUUGAUUAUCAACCAGCCCAAGGGAUCUCAACGCCUACUUCUGGAGCCAACUGUGCCAUGUACGCAUUCUAAGCAACUUAUGCGAAGCUAAAGCUACGACUUGAACGGACGGGAGGGAAACUGAACCUCAUAUCUAGACAAACGAGGAUCUGAACGCAUCUUGGUCGGAUACGACUUGAUCCGGGCCGGUAAACCCACUAUUUCGUUCGUCUCGUUCAGACACGGUCAUAGAAACGAUCUCGUACCAGCACCGGAUACAGAUCCCAGUAUUCCGUUCAAAUUAAAAGUCGCUUUAGAUAGCGCAAGCGGCUUGCGCUGCGUAGCGCCACAGUCGAAAUUAUGGCUCCGAAACUCGAUGUGAACAGAGCGGGAUGGGAGGAAACAGAUAUGCCUUCUGUGUGCGAGACAUGCCUUGGCGAGAACCAGCAAUUCAUGCAAAUGCUGAAGGAAAGCCACGGUGCCGAAUGCAAGAUCUGCAGCCGACCUUUCACCUUGUUUAGAUGGAAGACAGACCGAACAAGUCGACAAAAAAGAACAAUCAUCUGUUUAACAUGUGCACGGACGAAGAACUGCUGUCAGCAUUGCAUGCUUGAUCUCCAAUUCGGAUUGCCCAUUGUUAUCAGAGACACAGCCUUAAAGAUGGUCAGUGGCCCCAACAGCGAUAUCAACAAGCAGUAUCACGCGCAGCAGAAUGAGAAGCUGCUAGAGGAAUCGGGUGUUUCCGAGGAAUUCAACAAGACGAACGAAAAAGCACAUGAUCUCUUAAGAAGAUUAGCCGCGAGCGAACCCUACUAUAAAAAGCAACGGCGCUUAGAACUUGAAGCUGAAAGCGAGGGAGCGGCUAGUCCUUCUGCAGGGAUGAAAGCUUUACCGCCUGCAGGCACCGGGCCUGUGAGAUCGCGAGAUGCAAAGUUGGCUGGAGCGGUGGCGGCACGUGGAAACUCGCGAGGUGGACGAGGGGGCGUUAGAGGGGGAUUUAGAGGAUCCGUGCCGAUACGGCCAGAAGAUAUUGCACCGCCUGCCGACAAAAAUAUCACAUCACUCUUUGUCACCGGCGUGGAGGACGAUCUUCCCGAGCAUGAGAUACGGACGUUCUUUACCAAGUUCGGCACACUGCGCUCGCUCGUCUGUUCGCAUAGAGCGCACUCAGCGUUUGUCAAUUUUGCAACAAGGCAGGGGGCAGAAGCUGCUGCGGAAGCAUGCCAGGGACGAGCUGUUGUAAAGGGAGUUCCGCUGAGGGUGCAAUGGGGAAAGCCAAAGCCACUUGAUACGCUGGACAGGGAGCAGCGAAUCGAGAAUGCAAAGGCUGGUAGAGCAGUCGCUCCACUUUCUUCACAUAGAUUGCAGGGACCGACUGGUGAGAAUGCCAUUGAGGCAACACCCGCAGAGGAUCUCGACUCUUUGGUACCAAGUAAGCCACCGGGUGAAGAAGACGUCCAAUAUGCAGCACUGGCAGGAAACUGAUUCUAUGUCGACAAAAUGCAUAUAUUGAUAUCAUAUGGGCGUACCAAAAAGGGUCGGAAUUGUAUACCAGCAUAGGUUGUUCAUGUAGAUUUGAAUGGUAUCGGGAAUAUUUCUUAGCAUUCAUUGAUGCUUGGGGUAUCACUAGUUAUUUUAUACAAUAUGAACACAGAUACACCAAUUCCC